GCAUACCGUCGCGGCGUGUGAGACCAAGUUGGAUUUGUCGUAGAUUGACGCAAAUGAUUGUGCGUUCUAAAUUUUCGGAAAAUUCUGACUUACUUUUUACUUUUUAGUGAUUCAUUUGGUCUAUUGUAUCCUUUUGGCUUUGAGUUUUCUCCAUUUUCUCCAGCGGAACCACGAAUUUGAAGAAGCUGAAAAAUGGGCAAAGGAUUCAAUAACUACAUGUGCAAGAAAUUCUUUCACCCUGGAUCUCGAGAUAACCUGAAAAGGGUCUGGAUGGCUCAACAAAAGACAGAUGCAGAGAAGAAAAAGCAGGAAGAAUUGAAAGCUCAGUAUGAAAAAGAACAAGAUUUAUACGUCAACAAAUCACUUGUCAGCAAGGAAAGCAAGGAGAAGCUGAGUGUCAAUUUUCUGUAUGAACCACCACCAGGAAUGAAGAAAGAAAGAGAAAAAGAAGAUGGGGAACCAGAAUUCAAGUUUGAGUGGCAGAGAAAAUAUAAUGCUCCACGUGAAGAUUAUUGUCGUGGUGAUGAGGACAUCAGGGACUAACCUUUUGGUAUUGCUGUCAGAAAUGUUCGUUGUAUCAAAUGUCACAAAUGGGGAUACGUAAACACAGACAGGGAAUGCCUAUUGUUCAACAAGGCAAGAGAUGCGUUUGAUGAUGCCAUUGCAGCUGCUGAUCCUUCUGAGAAGUUGAUGAAUGAUAUGAAGGAAACUGGUUUGGCUAUGACCAAAAGUGCUAUUAGUACUUUAGAGCAAAUGGCGGUUCCAAUGCAGAAACAAUUAUCCAAGUCUGAGGAGAAGCCUGCAGCAGAAGAAUUGACAUUUCUGAAAACUUUAUCAACCAAAGAAAAGAAGAAACUACUUAAGAAGCUGGAAAAACUGGAAGACAAGCAAAAAGCGAAAAAGAAGAAGAAGAAGAGAAAGAAUGAAAAGAGAGAAAAUAGAAGUCCGCCUACAUUGACAGCAUCUUCUUCACGGGUUCUACAACUAAGAAGCAGAAGUCCACUUCCAUUGACAGCAUCUUCGUCGCGUAAUGAGAGACGUAGAAGUAGAAGUCCGUCACGGUUGACAGCAUCCGAUGCCUUCCACCCUUAUCCUCCCACUCACCGACUGUGAUGCAUCUUUUUCUGGUGUAAAGUGUUGUCCAAUAAACUUAAUCUAAGCAGCACAA